AUGACGCUGACUGGCAUCGCCGGUGGUCUUCUGGGCGCCGCUGCUUUUACCACGGCCAACUGGGAUGUGGUCGGCAUGACCUCAGGACUCGCUACUUCUGGACGCGGUGCGCAAGUGGACCAGUCGUUCCAAAGGAAGCAUGACCGAAUCGAUUACAAGGUGCAACGGCAAAGCCUUCACCGCGAUGAUUUGAACGAUCUGAUGGGACUUACCAUAGGACGGAUGGACAUGUACAAUCUGGUCGGCGCAUUGCUGCUGACCUUCGCACUGCAGUGGAUAACUAGCAGUGACAUUGUUGCCGCACCUGACGUCAAGUACUGGCCUCCUUGGUAUUCCACGGUAUUCGUUAUCUCUUGCUUCAGCUCGGUCGGCUACCUCUUGUUUUCCUUGUGGUUCGCCAUGAUGUGUUCCGUCACUUGCCAGUCGCUGGGCACCAGAUUGAGAAUCAACUUUGCGAGGCUUUCUCUGCCCAAGAAUGAGGACAUCUCACGCAUAAAGGUGCCCUUUUUCAUUCCAGGUGGUGCUUUGGAAAAGAUGCAGCACAAAAUCUUCAACGCCGAGGGAGAGGCGGACCACCUAGGAAGCGGUGAAUUCACUGGCCAGGAGCUUCUUAGAGAGCUCAAAAAGGAAGAGCAAGAGGCAGACUCUGCUUCAACGCCGACUUCAAAGCCAGAGAAGGUGUUGCGAGGUCUGACAUUCAAUGACUGGGGAACCGAUAAUGGCGAGAAGGAUGACGACGACCAGGACUUCGAGAAACACUUGCGGCGGUGGCUCUACGAGCGUGGGCAGUGGCUCAGCGCAGACGCUUAUGCGCGAGCCUGCAUGGUGGUUGGCAUGAACCAGAUGCUGCAGGCUUUGACCUACCAUGUCGUGGCCACUGUGUGGAAGGUUUCGGCACUUACGUCAAUCGCUUGUCUAUUGUUGGCCAAAUCAUUGUCAUUGUUCAUGCUUCAAGUCGACCUUGGAAUCCGGAAAUAUCGAUGCUUCGGUUUCACGAUGGUUAUGCUGCUGGAGCUUCUUCCACCGACUUAUGCUACGCUAUAUUUGUUCGUUUACGUGCCUGGCAUUGAGUGGCCUGGUUGGUUGCAAGGAGUGGCUUGUUUGCCUGUAUUUCUUUUGCAUGCUGUUUGGAUGGGCUACUUGAGUCACCAGCUUACACCUGCAAGUGGUGAACGCCUAGCCUUUGACACCGAAUCUCAUUUGUCGGAUUCCGACAGCUCAUCGAGUGGAUCCGAGCAGGUAGAUGAAGAUCUUGCGAGGCAGCGACUUCAAUCUGGAAGAGGUUUCUAUGGGACAGAGUUCCUGCCCCAUCGGUUGAAGCGGAACAAGCUUUUCAACAUCAUCGAGCUGCAGGACCCGAUUCCAGAAAAUGAGCUUCGAGAAGCAAAGGUGGACCCGAUGCCAGGAAAAGUCACUGUGAACUUCACUUUUUUCCUGGCGAUCCUUUACGUCCUUAGUGGGAUCAUGCACACGGCCGGCCAGAUCUUUGGUUUCGAUCAAGCGGCGAUUAUUGAUUGCUCAGACGAGAAUUGCACGACCAGCAAGAGCAAUCCGAUUUGGCCCCAUGCUCGGCCACGACCACAAGGGCCCAGUGCCAGGCACCAUCCCCUGCGGCGACUUCGUGGACAGUAUGCUGUCGAUGCCGAGAUGAGAGAGAUACACAGCAACUGGCCAUCGCCAGCUAGUUUUUUUGAGGUCAAGGCCCUGCACUGCAGUUCGAACAACUCGCACCUUUUCAUGCACAACGGCUUCGCUGCCUUUGAAGCCGAAGUCUUGAACACGAGACUAGGUGAGCUCAAGAGGUUUGAAAUGCCACAAGUCGAAUCCGUGAUGUUUUGCAAACUUGGCACAUGCUUUGCACUGUUACCUGGCCCUCUUCUGGCCAGUCCUUGGAGUCUUAGACUCUUGUCGGCGGCUGCCUCUUCGGAAUUGAACGAUCAGCAUGUACAGAACGUCUCGAUUCCUGAAACCUGGCGCCUCAUCUCUGCCGUCUGGGCGGAGACGGGAUUAAUUUGGCUUGCAGGAUGGGAUGGCAGCAGCAUCACUGCUGCUAAGCUCUGGAGAGGAAGUCCAGAACAUUCUUGGCAUCUUGAGCAAAGCUUCAAGGUGAAGCCUGGUGCAGGCCUUUGCCAUGCAGGCAAGGAGACGUGCAGCAGACACGUGGCUGGCGGCUACAUCGAUGUACAGGCGCUGCAGCUAAGUGCGGAAGGCAGGAGCCUCGUCGUCCUUCACGGUGGGCGCUUCCUGGAUUUAUGGGACUUGGAGAUCGGUGCCUUCAAGGGGCAAAUGGAACUAGAGCAAGCUUAUCAGGCCAUGUGCCACAACAAUGCUUCUCUGCGCCUUGUCCGGCAUAGUCCGGCCGGGCCGAUCCUGGAAGAACUUCCUUGGGCCCGAGCCCGGAACUUGGUCUCGAUGGACCGCGAUGACCACCACGCCAUGACUCCAGAAGAGUGGGAGUUGACGCGCUGGUGGCGAGAAGGUCCGGGGCCACUUGAUGCGGAACCAGAUGCUUUCGAGCUUGGCACGCCUAGAGGCGAGAGAAGCAGUGGCUUCGCUAUUGAGGACGAGUUCGAGAGUUGGUCCGACCGUCCCAAGCGAGCAACGAAGUCGCCGGGUUCUGCAUCGAAUUGCGCGGCAGGUACCAGCUACGAUCUGUCUCCAAGGAACGGUGAGUCGCCCGCGCAGAAAGUUGAAGCGUUUCAGCUAGAAGAGGAGGAGAACGCGUACCUGUCCGCAGUUCAGCUGCUGAAGGAGAUGGGCUCUGGUAGGGCAGAGGCGGAGGUGGCGUGGAAAACAUGUGUUCUCCGCGAAAAACUGCGCCUUGCCAGAUCUUUGGCAGCGUUGCGCACGCCCCCACCUCCGCGGAGAAGCUUCUCUCGCCAGACCUCCGGAGACACCAGCGUCGACGAUAUUGACGCAGGGCAUGCCCCUGAAGAUCGCGAGCUUUGUCCAGAUGACUGGCCCGAACAAAGAUUUCGUCCGUUGGCCGUCGACUUUUCAUUCAAUUUCGCAGCCUUAGAGAUGGCUGAGCGGGAGUACGAGGUAGAGGUCCGAACGCUACUCCAGGAAGUCUUUGCUAAUUGGCAAAGAGCAGUCCUGACGAAGUGA